AUGGGUCCGAAAGACAAUGAAGCCUCCAGGCUGGAGAGGAUGAUGCGAAAGGCGGAUCGUAGGAUGCGUAGGGGCGGCGUCCAUCAUUCCGACCAUGACCCCGCCGACGCCGCCUCGUUCAACUCUGACAAUGUGCCUUCGACUGGACACAACAGUGAUGUGAGACACGAACACGCAUCACCCGCUGCCCUGUCCGACUCGAACGAACCCGUUCGAAUCCUCCCGCCAAAGUCCAGGAAGCCCGUCAGCCAUCGCCAUAGGGGACGAGCCUCAGCAGACGACCGUCCCAAACGGUCCCCGUCCCCCUCCCAAGAGAUACCAACGACCGGGACUGCGGCUGAGCGCUAUCUCUGGCUCGUCAAUCUCGCCGUCGGCCCCAUGUGGAUCGCCUGGUGGCUGGCACGCACCAUAUGGCGGUACUCUCCCCCGAUCUGGGCUGUUGGACUGCUGCUCGCUUUAGUUCUUGUCAUCGGUGUGACGGUCACUUUCUUGGACUGGGUAUCUGUCGCCCCUGGCCUGGGAGCUGUGGUGUCCGGCGCAGCGAGUCUGACCCGGUUCCUCACCGGCUGGGGCAGCCGGAGUGAUAAUGUUGAAGCCUGGGUCUCGGACACGGUGAAAUGGCCAAAGAACGCCGAACUGGCCGUAUAUAAGCAAUCCGGCGACAUGUACGGCAGUCUUCAGUAUCUAGAACGCAGCGCCGGCGGGCUCGCAGGGGAGGUCAUGCAGCAGUGCCUCGAGGGCCACAUGCGCUUGAAGGAACGCGAGACCAGACCCGACGCAGGAGUCGAUGAUGCCGCCACGCCAAACUCACUCUCGAUCAAGACCUACUUGGACGACACUCGCUCUACUAUCAGACAUAUGAGCGCCGCGGACCAGAGAUUCGUCGAUGACGUAGCCCGCGUCCUGCGACACGGCUAUCGAGAUGCCCUAAUCGUCAAGCGACAGCUGAUGUUGACUAUUUCCGAGCGGGCGACCCUGCCCGGCAAAGGGUUGUUGAUAACCACCUUCUGGGUUCCCGUCAAGCAUCUGCUUCCUUCGUCCACAGUCGGCAUGUGGCUCCGUGGCGAGCUCGGGUACAAGCGGGAAGCUGCCCAUCAGGGCGACAGGCUUGGAAGAAGUAUUAGCUACGUAGCCGACAACCUGCCUAUUCUCCUGCGCAUGUUUGACAGCGGCGAUGACCUCGGUAGUUCUGUCAUGCUUCAGGACCGCAUGGCCGGGCUCUACGACGUGCUCCAAGAGGCGGUCCAUGUGGGACAGCACAUGUUGGCUGCCGGCAAAAGGGACCAAGCGGCUAAGGCUAGGACGGAUAUCUCGGUGGCGCAGGGUGCUCGGGGUCUCGAGGCCCUUGGCGAUGCUACGUGGGCCCUCCAGACGUACCAGGCCAUCGGGCUAACUUUGAAAAUCAAGGCCAAGAAGGCGGCCGCCGACUACCAGACCCAAUACUCAAUGAUGCUUGACUUCCAGACGGAGCUGGGCCGAACCAGCGCCGACCUCCAGGGUAUCAUGGAGGAGCUCGACAAGGCAACGCAGAUGACGCACGUGACGGAGGCGAACAAAGGUCUCUUCCAUAUAGCUGAUGCUUUUGUUGGCAGUAUAGAGAAGACCUUUUUCCCUGAAUAA